AAUCCCAAACCCCAGUGAUAUUUGUACAUCCUUAUAAAAUACCGAAACCCUAAAUCUCUCGUUUUCACUAGCCUGUGAGAGCUUCAUUGUGAGCAGCCGCACUUUCGAAAACGCUAUUCCUCUCCCUCUCACUCUCUUCCGAAAGUUCUCCGUUUAAGGUAAGAUGGCAACCACCGCUGUGGCGCCGGCUCAACCGUCUCAGGACUCGAACCAGCCUCACUAUGAUGUGAAGCUCUUCAACCGCUGGACCUUCGACGACGUUCAGGUUGUUGACAUUUCAUUGAAUGACUACAUUGGUGUCCAAGCUGCUAAGCAUGCAACCUAUGUGCCUCACACUGCUGGUAGGUACUCUGUGAAACGUUUCAGAAAGGCACAAUGCCCAAUUGUGGAGAGGCUUACAAACUCUCUCAUGAUGCAUGGAAGAAACAAUGGUAAGAAAUUGAUGGCUGUUAGGAUCGUCAAGCAUGCCAUGGAAAUUAUUCACCUUUUGACUGACCAGAACCCAAUCCAAGUCAUUGUUGAUGCUGUCAUCAACAGUGGUCCUCGUGAAGAUGCUACCAGGAUUGGUUCAGCUGGUGUUGUUAGACGUCAGGCUGUUGAUAUUUCUCCAUUGAGACGUGUGAACCAGGCUAUCUAUCUUCUUACUACUGGUGCUCGGGAAUCUGCAUUCAGGAACAUCAAGACAAUUGCAGAAUGCCUAGCUGAUGAACUUAUCAAUGCUGCAAAGGGUUCAUCUAACAGCUAUGCCAUAAAGAAGAAAGAUGAAAUCGAGAGAGUUGCUAAGGCUAACCGUUGAAGCCUUAUUAAAGAAUCAGAAAACAAUUUUAAUAGUUUUGAUGAGUACUUUAUGAGAUUUCCUUUUUUUGUCACAUGGACAUGUUAUGAACGCUUUGUUAAUUCUAUUUUUAUGUUGACAAUUGUGUAUCUUUUUGUUUCAAGUUUUGAGUAGAUGAUAUUAAGGAUGCUUUUAGUUGCGUAAUUGUUACACAUAUUUUGCUACUAAA